CCCUUUUCACACAACUGUGUCAACACACAGCAAAAACCCAACACCUUCAGUGUGAAGGCGAGCAGAAAAACAUAAGUGACUUUCAGAAGGGAAGACUCUGCACUCACCAAAAGACGGAAAAGCACCUUGAGGAUGGCAGCGUGGGACCUGUCAGUCACUGUGGAGGCCCUGGGCCCUGAAGCUCCACCCAUUAAAAUCAGUGUAACCUCUGACCUCCACAUAGGUGGGGUCAUUCUAAAAAUUGUAGAAAAAACACAAAUGCAGCAGGACUGGUCAGAUCAUGCCCUUUGGUGGGAGCAGAAGCAGCAGUGGGUCUUGCAGACAUCCUGGACCCUCGAUAAAUGUGGGAUCUUUGCAGAUGCUCGUCUGUUCUUCACCCCCCAACACAAGCCUCUGCGACUGGGCCUUCCUAAUGGAGUCACCUUGCGACUCCGCGUCUGCUUCUCCAGCUCGGUGUUCCGUACUGUCCAGGGAAUCUGCAGGAUUUUGAACAUUCGCCAUCCAGAGGAACUGUCUCUGCUAAGGCCAGUGGAGGAGAAAAAGAAAAAGAAAGACAAAGAUUCUGUAGAAGAGGAGUACGACCUUACAGACAUACCACUGACAUCAGGAUCAGUUCCAGCUCUGUACAAUGGCAUGCCGGCUCAUUUUGCUGACUCGCCUAAAACUGAGGCUGUCUAUAAGAUUCUGUCUGUGUGCCAGCCGUCUCCUCCUCCAGAGAUCAUCGCUAAACUCUACCGACCAGCCAGCAAAGUUGACAAAACACACAUCCACACCAGAUGGCUGGAUUCAUCACGCUCACUCAUGCAGCAGGGAAUACAGGAGAAUGAGAAGCUGUGGUUACGCUUCAAAUACUACACCUUUCACGACAUGGAACCCAAGUAUGAUGAGGUGCGUCUGAUGCAGCUGUAUGAGCAGGGGCGCUGGGCAAUCCUGCUGGAGGACAAUGACUGCACUGAGGAAGAGAUGAUGCUGUUUGGAGCCCUGCAGUACCAUAUAGGGAAGCUGUCACUGUCUCAGGAUUUCAGCUCCAACCAUGGCAUGCAUGACCUGGAAUCUGCCCUGAAAUCACUUGAGGUCAAGAUGGUGGGAGAGAUCAGCAAUGCAGAUCAGUUGGAAAAUAUGACCCCUCCGGAACUGAAUGACUACUUGAAAAUAUUUCGGCCCAGGAGAUUAACACUGAGGGACUACAAACAAUACUGGUUCAAGUUUCAGGACACGUCUAUCUUCUAUUACAAGAGUAAAGAGGAAAGCUAUGGCGAGCCUCUACAGCAAAUGAAUCUGAAAGGCUGUGAGGUGACUCCUGAUGUGAACGUAGCAGGACAGAAGUUCUGCAUCAGACUUCUCAUCCCAGUGCCAGAGGGCAUGAUGGAGGUGUAUCUGCGAUGUGAGAAUGAGAAGCAGUACUCUGAGUGGAUGGCGGCCUGUAAGCUGGGGUCAAAAGGCCUGACCUUGUUGGACAGUUCUUAUCAGAGGGAGGUGAAAAACAUCCAGAGCUUCUUGGCCAUGCAGCGCUCCGGUUCAUCUGCUUCAACUGCGCAGGCUGACGACAGCAUUAACACACAGAGCCUUGUCUCACCUCGCUACACCAAAAAAUACAAGGCCAAACAGUUAACGCCACGUAUCCUGGAGGCUUAUCAGAACGUAGCUCAGCUCUCCCUUACCUCAGCCAUUUUGAAAUUCCUCCAGAUGUGGCAGUCCCUGCCUGACUAUGGCAUCUCCUAUUUCAUGGUCAGAUUUAAGGGUAGCCGUAAAGACGAAGUCCUGGGCAUUGCAAACAAUCGCCUGAUUCGUAUCGACCUGGGCGUGGGAGACGUAGUCAAGACCUGGCGUUAUAACAACAUGAGGCAGUGGAACGUCAACUGGGACAUACGACAGAGCUUUGGGGACAUUGAUGUACACAGCAAGAUCACAAUUAUGUCUCAUCCCUGACAAAAAAGUAAGACAAAUAAAUAUUUUUAUUCAUAAAACAUGAAUUAACUACUUUAUAUGUGCACAGAGUAUUGCAUCUUUAGUUUGUUAGUUAGUUGUAGAACUUCUAGACAGAAAGCUUCAACUCUACAAAUCACAGUCACUAUUUCAUAUUGCCUACACAGGACUUCAUUCUUCUUUCCCUCACCUUCUAGAACAGUGGUUUCCCACCCUGAACCUGGAGUUCCCCUACUCUAGACAUACUGUUUUAUCUUCUCCAACAUGAAGAACCUGGUAAUUAGCUACUUAGCUGGAGGGAACUCAAUGCAAACAAGGCGUUCUCCAAGGCAAGGGUUGAAAUUACUGCUCUAGAACAUGUCUCAGUUUCCGAUUUAUUUAUUCAUUAAAAAAAAGGUCUAAUUUACACAAUUUUCCUCUUACCCAAAAUGUAGUCAAUCAAUCAUGAUGUUUGCGAACCACAAUUUCUUUUGUUAGGUGUGGUUUGCACUGGAGUUACAAAGCUAUUGUAGCUAAUGCCGUCCCAAAAAGUCAUACUGUGAAUUAGACCACAUCGACAAAUCUGGGUGACUUUAUUGGAGAAUUCGAUAUGAUUUAACACAGAUAUUUACAGAAAGGACUUUGGGUGAGACAUACAUAACUCCAAUAACACUCAAGAAGCAAAACACCAAACAAAUCUUGGCUGAUUCACUAUAUUUGAGGUCAACCGAAAAACAAUGCUCUUUGUGACUCGCACCACUGAUAACUUGGUCCUCUCCAGGCAGUCCAGGUGCCAGAUGGAUGUGUGUUCUGUUCAUCCUGCACAGUCCUUUGCUACGGAUUGACGGCCAGUGCCUCAUGUAGGACCCAUGAACGGCCUCCCGUGGACAGUCUGGAGCAUCCAGAACCACUGCUGUCAAUUCUAAGUCUUCAACCUGAACACACACAACUGACCUCAUAACAUAGCAGGAUCAGAAUACAAAACAAGUGGAAAAUCUUUUGUGGAAUAUUAGUCAGUAAUAAGCUUUAUUAUAGCUGCACUAACCCCAUAUCUAUUAAAAGAGAGCCGCUGUCCCUACUGACCUGUACAGUAUGUCCUUGAUUGGCCCGGAUCUGUAGGCGGCCGUUCUCAGGAUGGUUUUGCAGUUUGAAGCGCUGUUUGUCAUUUGUGGCCACCACUCUCUCUAUGUCCUCCAAUGAAAAUGAGCUGAACUGUCCAUGAGUGAGAAGUUCAUCCACAAAUAUAAAGCCAUCUAGAUUCAACAACAGUGAAGAAAUCAAAACAGUCAGUCAGAAGUUCUCAGACUUUUGCCAUCUGGGACCUCUUUAACUUCUAUCUUGACAUACUAUUUGACCCAGAUCUCAGUUUCAUCUUGCAUAUUAAAUGCCUCACCAAGACUGCUUUCUUUCACCUGUGUAACAUUGCACGCCCUCACCCAUUCCUGUCUAAUAAUGAUGUACAAACUCUGGUUCAUGCUUUCAUUAUGUCCCGUAUGGAUUACUGUAACUCUCUCUUCAUUGGCCUGCCUACAAAGUCCCUUCAAAAAUUACAGUACAUUCAGAACUCGGCAGCCAGAGAUCUCACUCAUGCAAAACGCACGGCCCAUAUCACCCCCAUCCUCGCUCAGCUCCACUGGUUACCGGUCCUGUCCCGGAUAAAAUUCAAAACACUGCUUCUCAACUUUAAAGCUCAACAUAACCUGGCUCCCUUCUACCUCAGCGAACUCCUGACCCCCUACUCUCCCUCUCGUUCUCUCAGAUCCUCUUCCUGUAACUGACUUACUGUCCCACGUACCAGACUAUCUAUCCACCUUGGGAGGCAGGUCCUUCAGUGCCAUGGCCCCCAAGCUCUGGAAUUCUCUCCCUCAAUCUUUCCGUGACUGCUCUUCUUAAUCAGCCUUCAAAUCUGAUUUAAAGACUUGUCUUUUCCAUUAAUACUUCUCUUCCUCCUCCUCUGUUUAGUUUAGCAUUUUUUUCCUGUAAAGUGACCUUGGGUCUGUGAAGGCACUAUAUAAAUUAUUAUUAUUAACUGGGAUUAUAUCUAUUCCAUGGACCAUGUCGAUAUAUGUGUGUGUGUUACCAGCUGGAAGGUCCGUAUGGUGAAACACCGUGACCGAGGUCUUGAAAGUACUGAGCGAGGCCCUCUGGGCCGAGGUCAGUAUUCAAGGCCGAGGUCACGGUAUUUCACCAUACGGACCGACCUUAAGCUGGUAAAUAAUAUAUUUAUUUUUUCUUUACCAAAUUCUAACAGAAAACGAGAGCGCCCGAAAGGGAAAACCGAGCCGAGGCGAGCUGCCAUUUUGAAUCCUCAUUCACGGCUGUAAUGCAAAUUGCUUCCUCCUUGGUAUACAAGUGCACUUCCAUGGCAGGGAAAAAAAAAAAAAAAAAACUACAUUUUGCCGCCUAUGUAGUCCCCUAUUUAUACAAAAUUGAAUCAUUCAGGAUUCAGCCAUGUUUUUGCUCGGCGUUAGCAACAGUUACAGGUUUUUAGCUUUUUCCUCAAAUGUUUUCUUUUAUUUCUUCUUCCUCAGGGUAGUAAAACUCGCUUUCGCUAUGAACACUGUCAUCGCUAUCCAUGCUGUAAAAUUAAUGCUAUUUUGAAUCCUCAUUCACGGCUGUAAUGCAAAUUGCUUCCUCCUCGGUAUACAAGUGCACUUCCAUGGCAGGAAAAGAAACUACAUUUUGCCGCCUAUGUAGUCCCCUAUUUAUACAAAAUUGAGUCAUUCAGGAUUCAGCCAUGUUUCUGCUCGGCGUUAGCAACAGUUACAGGUUUUUAGCUUUCUCCUGAAAUGUUUUCUUUUAUUUCUUCUUCCUCAGGGUAGUAAAACUCGCUUUCGCUAUCCAUGAUGUAAAAUUAAUGCUAUUAUGCUGAGAAAUACUGGCAAAAAUUUAUAAGAUUUUUGAUAAAAAUCUUAUAAAAAAAGAUAACUGUUGACAAAAAUUGCUACUAUGGGGGUGUCGUGGCUCAGGUGGAUAUGGCGCCAUACCAUAAAUCCGGGGACCCGGGUUCGAUUCCGACCCGAGGUCAUUUCCCGAUCCCUCCCCGUCUCUCUCUCUCCUGCUCAUUUCCUGUCUCUACACUGUCCUAUCCAAAUAAAGGUGAAAAAAGCCCAAAAAAAUAUCUUUAAAAAAAAAAAAUUGCUACUAUGUUUUUGUUGUGAACGAGCGAGUCUCCAGAGGUCCGUAACUGGGGUCCGUACCGUAGGAUACGGACCCGCUCGCCAGCCAAUCAGAGCGCAGGAUUUGAUGAAAACCGCACCGUGAAAAAAAAUUUAUUUUAUGAACAUAAAUGAUUGAAAUUCAAGCAAUAUUUUGGUUAUUUAUUAGCACCAUAGGGCAUUUUUCCUGAACUUUCCACCAAGAAAACACUCUAGGUCAAUUCAGUGCCUAGUCAAACAGACUAAUUAACAGUUAAUCCACAAAACUGAGUUGUACAUGAGCUGAUAGCUGAUGAGGCUCGUAGCACCAAGUCGGCUAUAAACCAUGUAUGACGAGAUUGAGUGGAAUAAGUUUUAUUUUAUCCACAUUCACUGGAUUUUGAGAAACAUAGCAUUUUUAUUUGUUGCAAAUUUGAUAAAUAAAAACUUUAUACAAAACGUCCAACAAAAUCAUUUCCACUUAGAAUGUAAACAAACCGACAAAAUGACAGUAGUAACUUGUGAAAAAUGCGAGAAGAAUAAUUCUUGAAGAAAAAAAAAAGAUACAGUCUUACCAUCAAAUACUUUUAUUCCAUAAUUUGUUGCUUUUUUGUAUUUUUGGGGGUUUUGUUUUCGAGUAGAGUUUUUAUUUCGUCCUCGGUUGGUUCAGCAAAAUGCUCCACCAUUUUGGUUUUCCUCUACUCACAGUAUAUGAGCAGAUAGCCUAGCAGUAGAGUAGCCAAUCAGAGCGCGUGAUUGCUCAUAUCCAAUGAAUGUGGAUAGAAUAAUAGCUAUUAGGACUCAAUAAUAAACAUAUCUUUGAUAACAGUGGGUUACCAUUACAACAAAAAUACUGUAACUUUUUCCCUGGACUCCACUUUGAGAGAACACACACACACCUGAGCUCAUGUUAAGUCCCAUUUUAUCAGCACCAUGUCUCAGGGAAUAAGACAGGGAUUUGGACAGACGCACAUCUCUGCUCUGGAAGUGAAACAGCAAGAAGACGGAAUCAAAACAGAUUGUAAAUAAGGAAGUAAAUUAAUCAAGUUCACUAAGUAACUAUAAAUAGUAAACACCGGUGUCACGGUCUGAUCGUGCGCUGGUAUAAAUUUACCAUGCGCAGACUGAUUUUUUCCCCCCGGUCAACUUCCGGGAAGUCUAAAUUUACCAUUUCUUGCUGCGAUUUUGUACCGAGCAUUUCAACACAUUUGUGGACUAAUAGAACGCGAAUUGUGACUACAAUUGUGAGAUUUGAUUAUCAGUAGACAAGAAUGGUUUGGAUUGAAUUUUAUUAG